AUGAGAAGCAAAGGCUCGGUUCUCAUCACCGGCUGCAGUAAUGGCGGCAUUGGCUCGGGUCUCGCCGUCGCCUUCCAGCAAAAAGGUUACCAAGUAUUUGCGACAGCCCGAAACACCGAGAAAAUGUCAGAUCUCAAAGGGGUUUUCAGUCUCAAUCUGCUGCAAUUAGAUGUUCUCAACCCCGAGGAUGUUCAUGCUGCUGUGAACGCUGUUACAGAAACAACUGGAGGCACACUGUCAGUGCUGAUCAAUAACGCAGGCAGCUUUCAUCAAAUGCCUUUGCUAGAUGACGAUAUUGAAGCGGCAAAGAAGACCUUCGACACAAAUGUGUGGGGUCCGCUUGCUCUUACAAAAGCAUUUGCACCACUUUUGAUCAGAGACCGGGGCAUGCUGGUUAAUAUCACCUCGAUUGCUGGACAUAAUGCUGUGCCGUACUCAGGGGUGUAUGGGGCGUCUAAGCGAUCAUUAGAGCAUCUCUCGGAGGUUCUUCGUCUUGAGCUACAUCCAUUCCAAGUAAAGGUCCUUUCAGUCGUGACUGGGGGUGUCGCCUCCGAUUCCCAGGCCUUCGGUGAUAGUGCACUGCCACCAUCAUCGCUCUAUAAGCCCAUUGAAGCCACCAUUGAGGAGUCACGUGGCAAUAGCGCUUACGCUCGAAUGCCGGUGAUGGAAUACGCGAAUCAGGUCGUUGGUCACAUUGAAAUUGGGUCAACCGGCAAAGUAUGGGUGGGCAGCCAUGCAGAAGAUGCCAAGAAAGCGUCUUGGAACCCGGAGGUGGCCACGCAAUGGGUACGGAACUUCCAAGCUCCUGGUUUUCCAGAACGGGACCGGCUUACUUUUUUAUUAGGAACAGUUUAUGUUGAAAAGUAUGGGAUUGAUGGAUUUGUCGGAGAAAUUUGGGGCACAACAAACUGGAAUAUCCAGUUGAGUCUUCAAUCGUGGAUGCGAUUAGCCGUCCAUUAG